UACUGAACCUUCAUAUGAUGAUGACACGUUCGUGCACUGAGAUGAUAUGGAUAUAGAGCUUUACAAUGUUUGCCGAGACUUUCGCCGGUUCACGUGGGCCCUUGACAAAGGGCCUGACUGCCGACAUUUUUUCUCAAAGGAAAGUGGCUUUUGAUGCGACGACAUGGCAAAUUUUGCUUUUCCUUCUCUUGCUUUUCCUGGCUCACGAGCUCUAUGCUUGGGGCAAGAAGCCUCUUCUUGCUGACAACCAGAAGGCCAACACCUUUCCAUUUCAGUGCGCGUUGUUGUUUUUUUUGGUUUUAUUGGUAUGUGAAUCAAUCCCUCGUGCUGCCGGUCACCUUGGACUUUGCUGCAAGCAUGGGCCAAAGUGCCACAAUGUCUGGCUUCUUCGUCAGCAGUCCGUUGGCAACCUCCAUUGCAGGGUUGCAAGUGGGCAAGAUGAUCAUUGGGGAGAACGCCUGGGACCAGGCAAGUGCCAGAAGACUAAUCAUUUGGGCACCAUUGGUGUCCGUCAUGCUGACGGCAAUCGAGGCUGCUGUCUCAAACUCGGUAGUCCACUUUGAUUUGCCAGCAAAACGAGCAAGCUUUUGGGUGAUUCUUGCUUUGUCCAACCUAGCAGCAUUUAUUGUGGCACUUCCCUACGUGCCCUUGAUGGUGAUGUGGGCCAAGUUUACUCCGAAGCGCGAAAUGACUUUUUGGAUGAUCAUGGCCCAGUGUAGCAGGCAAAGUGGCUUUCUGGUUGGUCCUGCUGUAUUCGCGCUUCUGAGUCAGUUGGUAGGACGCGGGAAGCCAAUCGCCCCGGCUUCUGCGCUGGCUUGGGUACUGGUUGCCCAGGUUAUCAUUGGAUAUUGCUCUGUCAUGCUGCAUUCGAUGGCGUUGCCCGCCCAGCUGCCUGACGACGUGGAGCGUAUGGAGGAAGACAGCUCCCCUGGAUCGCUGGAUGGGGUAGAAGAUUCUGUGGACAGUUUGGACAUCCUGGAGCGUGAGCAGGUGGUGGCAAGUAUGAUUUGGUAUUCUUUCGAGCGGUCGUUUGUCACCGCUGCGAUUGAAGUGAGCACCAUCAUGCUCUUGGAGGUAUCUUAUGGUUGGCCUUCGGAGCGAUGUGGUCUUGUAUUUACGGUGGUUUCCUCCACCAGUUUACUCUUGACCUGGCUGUCCAGCAUGGUGAUGUCCCGGAAUUCCGUGCCAGAGUCGACCGUCUUCAUGGUGUGCAAGUUGACCUCGUUGGUGGGUGUGAUCUUCCUUUUUGAUUUUGGCAUAGGCCCAGCCGGGCUAUUGCUUGCAGACUCGCUGGUUUACGGUUGUGCCAGUGUGUCCAACGGCAUUGCACAGGGCUGGGGCAGCAAGGCGGCUGUACCAAACACCACCUUUAGUAUUGAAGUUUACCGAACUUACGUCAUGUCCUUGGAGUGUGCUGCACACUUUCUUGCCCCUGUGGUGGCACGAAGCAUCUUGGAUUUUGGUGGCCAGAACAUCUAUGCCUUGGUGCAAUUGUGUAUGACAGCUUUGAGCACCGCAACGGUGUACAAGGCUGUGAAAAUGGUGUGGGCGCUUCAAGGUCUCUCUGAUCCCAAAAAUGGGAAAGAAGUGUAAGACGCAUAGCGUCCAAUAGAGUGCAGAAUCACAUGGAAAGCCGCUUUGGUAUUGCCUUUUUGGUGAAUAGAACGUGAGUCGUUUUGGCUGAAGGGAGCCCGGAGACGCUGCAAAACUGAGCCCGGAGGCGCGUUUUUGGUCGAAC